AUGGGUUUCCAUUUGAUCGCAAACUUAUUUAAUGCCAUCACAAUCACAUACACUUCUGACUUUGCUCGUCGCCCUCUGCUAGGUACCACUACUCGCCCCUUCUUCCUCACGCCUAUUGGUUUUGCCAAAGGUGUACUCCCUUCCCACCUUCACUCCUUGCUGAUAUGGCCCUCUGGAUUUUCCAUGGGCCCAUGCACAGAUCAACUGCCAGUGCGGAGAACCACUCCAAACCCCCGAGCACAACAUCAAGGGCUGCACCUGAUAGCCAAACCAGUGUGGACACUGCAGAAGGACGAGAGCUGCCACUCCUGGAACUACUGGUUCAACAAACGGCCAACAGAAUUUGUCAAGGAGACAAGCGCAUUUACAUUCUCCAGCACCCCCAUGCACAUGUCACCACCUGUUCUUCUGGGAACUUAUACCCAUUCUUUCUGUCACCCAGAGUACUGCACGUCAAUCUCCAAAAUCUACAACAAAAAGUACCAGCUUCUGAGGAGUUCUUGCAUCUGUCAAUGGGAUAGGCGGGACGUUGAGAAGGGCGAGCGUAAUACCAUUAUCAGUAACGACGCCAACCCUGCCACACAUGCCUUUGUUGUUUCUCCCGACAAUGUCACCACCAUUUACUUCACUGGAUGUGACCUAAUUGACUCUCCUAUCAGACCUGACAGCAAGCCAUACAAGUUCUCUGACCCCACCGGUCAGGAGCUCUCUCACCGCCUCUCAUUCCAUGUAGACUACCCGGUGCUGGUGCUGGAGUCACUGAGGAAUUUACGGCUACUCCGAGCAGGUGCCGGUGGCAUCACAAUGAAUGCAAAGGGCCAGCACGGAGCCAAGGGGCAUGCAGCUCUCAUUACAUUUACUGAGGCAUCGUGCAUAAAGUCAUGA